GGUGGAGAGACAGCUAUAAAUAGCUAGAGGUGGGCAUGUUGCCCCAGACGCCUUGGGGACAGUCAAAAGCAGAGGCUUAAGGAGCUACUUGGGGGAGACUAGGAGCAAGCAGGCCAAGGCCUGGCUGGGGCUUGGGGGGAGAACACAUGGAGCGGUCCCAGUCCCAGCGGCAUGGAGGGGAACAGAGCUGGUGGGGCAGUGCCCCCCAGUACCAGUACAUGCCCUUUGAACAUUGUACCAGCUACGGACUGCCCUCAGAGAAUGGGGGCCUUCAGCACCGGCCCCGAAAGGACAUGGGUCCCAGGCACAAUGCCCACCCAACACAGAUAUAUGGCCAUCAAAAAGAACAAUAUUCAUAUAAGGCACAGGACGGGGGAAUGCCCAAGAAGAUGGGCUCCAGUUCUACCAUGGACAGCUUGGAUGAGGACCACUAUUCUAAAUGUCAAGGUGAUGGGGACUGAGGAAUAAAGGAAUCUGGAAUAGGAGAUACAGGGAUUGAGAGAAUAACCUAGAUGCCCCAUUACACAUCUCCCAACACAUAUGUGUGUGUGUGCAUGUUCACACACACAUGCACACAUAGAGAUAUAUUUUGUUUGGCUUCUUUCCCAGCCAUAAGAAACAAGAGUUUUACAUGAACAUUGUAUUUACAAGGGCAUUACAGGACAUUACAGGAGUAGGGUUGUAGUGCUUUCUGGAAUGAUAGGGGCAGUAACUGGCAGAGACAUAAAGAGAUGUCCAGUGACCAGUACAGAGCUGACUCCUACCUCCAUUCCUCAGCCUGCUCCCAAAAAAAUGGCUAGAGAGCUGCUUUCUUCCUUCUUUCCCUUUACUUCUCCCUAGACUGUGUCCAUCGCCUGGGACGUGUGCUGAGAAGGAAGCUGGGGGAAGAUUGGAUCUUUCUUGUGCUCCUGGGCCUCCUGAUGGCUCUAGUCAGCUGGUGCAUGGACUAUGUUAGUGCCAAGAGCCUUCAGGCCUACAAGUGGACCUAUGCCCAGAUGAAGCCUAGCCUUCCUCUGCAGUACCUGGCCUGGGUCACCUUCCCACUUAUCCUGAUCCUCUUCAGCGCCCUCUUUUGCCAACUCAUCUCUCCCCAGGCUGUGGGCUCUGGAAUCCCUGAGAUGAAAACAAUUCUUCGUGGUGUUGUCUUGAAGGAAUACCUCACACUCAAGGCCUUUGUAGCCAAGGUGGUAGCUUUGACAGCUGGACUGGGCAGUGGCAUCCCUGUGGGGAAAGAGGGUCCCUUUGUUCACAUCGCCAGCAUCUGUGCUGCUGUCCUCAGCAAGUUUAUGUCCAUGUUCUCUGGUGUCUAUGAGACCGUGCCUGGGCAGCUUGAUCUCCUGGUGCCAGCCUGUGCAGUGGGCGUGGGAUGCUACUUUGCAGCCCCUGAUGGAGCAGCCAUACUAUUACACUGACAUCCUGACAGUGGGCUGUGCCGUGGGGGUCGGUUGCUGUUUUGGAACACCACUUGGAGCAGCACAUUUUAUGUUUGUCUUGGGCUAACAUGAAAGUUAGCUCUCAUUCCCAACCACAAUGUGACAGACCUGCUACAGAAAAGUCUCCUCGGUCUCCAUCAUGGAGGGAAAAUAGUUGUAAAAUGAGUGCUAUUUAGCAUCGAGGUCACCUCUACCUACUUUGCUGUUCGGAAUUACUGGCGAGGAUUCUUUGCAGCCACAUUCAGUGCCUUUGUGUUCCGUGUCCUGGCCGUUUGGAACAAGGAUGCUGUCACCAUCACUGCUCUGUUCAGAACGAAUUUCCGAAUGGAUUUCCCCUUUGACCUGAAGGAACUCCCAGCUUUUGCUGUCAUUGGGAUUUGCUGCGGGUUCUUGGGAGCUGUUUUCGUUUAUCUGCAUCGCCAAGUCAUGCUCGGUGUCCGAAAGCACAAGUGUCUCAGCCAAUUUCUUGCUAAGCACCGCCUGCUAUAUCCUGGAAUUGUUACCUUUGUCAUCGCCUCGCUCACAUUUCCACCAGGAAUGGGUCAAUUCAUGGCUGGAGAGCUGAUGCCCCGUGAAGCUAUCAGUACCCUCUUUGACAACAACACAUGGGUAAAGCACAUAGGUGACCCCCAAAGCUUGGGCCAGUCAGCUGUGUGGCUUCACCCCCAGGUCAACGUGAUCAUCAUCAUCCUUCUCUUCUUCGUUAUGAAGUUUUGGAUGUCCAUUGUAGCCACCACUAUGCCCAUACCCUGUGGAGGCUUCAUGCCUGUUUUUGUGCUAGGAGCUGCAUUUGGAAGGCUGGUAGGAGAGAUCAUGGCCAUGCUAUUCCCUGAGGGUAUCUUAUUUGAUGAUAUCAUCUAUAAGAUCUUACCUGGGGGCUAUGCAGUAAUUGGAGCAGCAGCUUUGACAGGGGCUGUCUCCCACACAGUCUCCACAGCCGUCAUUUGCUUCGAAUUAACCGGUCAGAUUGCUCACAUCCUGCCCAUGAUGGUGGCUGUUAUCUUGGCCAACAUGGUGGCUCAGAGUCUGCAGCCCUCCCUCUAUGACAGCAUCAUCCAGGUCAAGAAGCUUCCCUAUCUGCCAGACCUUGGUUGGAACCAGCUCAGCAAAUUUACAAUUUUUGUUGAGGACAUCAUGGUACGUGAUGUGAAGUUCGUUUCAGCUUCUUGUACAUAUGGGGAACUGAGAAACCUACUCCAGGCCACCACAGUCAAGACUUUACCAUUGGUUGACUCCAAAGAUUCAAUGAUCCUGCUGGGCUCUGUGGAACGCUCAGAACUGCAGUCCCUCCUGCAGCGCCACCUGUGUGCAGAGCGAAGGUUGAAGGCUGCCCAGGACAUGGCUCGAAAGUUAUCAGAGCUGCCUUAUAAUGGCAAGGCUCAGCUGGCUGGGGACUGGCAUCCUGGUGGUCGACCUGAGUCCUUUGCCUUCGUAGAUGAAGAUGAAGAUGAGGACCUCUCCAGGAAGAUGGAGCUUCCACUGACUCCAGCUCCUCCCCCUCCUUCCCCUCCUCCUCCACCUUCCCAGUUUCCUAUUGCUCCAUCAAACCCUGAAGAACCUAAUGGGCCACUGCCCAGCCAUAAACAGCCACCUGAAGCCUCAGACUCUGCAGAUCAAAGAUCAUCCACCUUCCAACGCCUGCUGCACUGCUUGCUAGGAAAAGCUCACUCCAAAAAGAAGAAAAUAACACAGGAUUCAACAGAUUUAGUGGAUAACAUGUCACCUGAAGAGAUUGAGGCCUGGGAGCGGGAGCAGCUGAGCCAGCCUGUGUGCUUUGAUUGCUGCUGCAUCGACCAGUCUCCCUUCCAGCUGGUGGAGCAGACAACCCUGCACAAGACUCAUACACUCUUCUCACUUCUUGGCCUCCAUCUUGCCUAUGUGACCAGCAUGGGGAAGCUCAGAGGUGUCUUGGCACUAGAAGAGCUACAGAAAGCUAUUGAGGGCCACACCAAAUCUGGGGUGCAGCUUCGCCCUCCACUUGCCAGCUUCCGGAAUACAACUUCAAUCCGGAAGACUCCUGGGGGGCCACCCCCUCCUGCAGAGGGCUGGAAUGUACCUGAGGAUGGAGAUGGGGCUCCUGGAAGAGAAGUCAUGGUUCCUACCAUGCCAGAGACUCCUGUCCCACCACCAUCUCCAGAGGCCCCUUCCUGCCUGGCCCCAGCCAGAGCGGAGGGUGAGCUGGAGGAACUGGAGAUGGUGGGGAGCCUAGAGCCUGAGGAGGAGCUGGCUGACAUCUUGCAUGGCCCCAGUCUGCGGUCCACUGAUGAGGAAGAUGAGGACGAGCUGAUCCUGUGAACAACCCCCUCUAUGCCUUCUUCUUAAAAACCACAGGGCCCAUGUCAGAGAGUGGACGUGUAUGUGAUAUGGAGAGGCCUCCACUUCAUCUUCUUCCUACCACCACUGUGAAAGGUGAUGGUGAUAAUCUUAAGGAGAACUUGAUCUUGGGCAGGGAAGAAUUUGGGUCCAUCAGACCUCCCCCCGCCACCCCCCAUUUCCAUGCUUAAAGGACUCUUGUGUUUUCCUGCUGUGCAGGUUCAGUCCCUAUCACUCUAAAGCCCCACAGUUCCCAGUGUUCAGUCACCAUCCUGGCCCUGCCUGUUUAUAUUCAGUUUCCAUACGGAGUAGGUGAGUGGAGGUCCAUAUUGGAUGAAUCUGCAAGUGUCACAUUGGAAGGGAAUGUGGGACCACAAUAUUGCCAUGUGGAUUGACUACCCUAAAAUGUGUCCCCAAGUCUGCCAGUCCUGUGUGCUCUCCAAAAUCUGUCUUAGACCCCAUCAGUGCUGCCAUUGUCUGUUUCCAGGCCAAGCCCAUAUCGGGGCUGAAAAGGCCAACCCUUAUUUCCGAGGAACCAAGUGCAGUUCCCCCGGGAAGAGGUUGAGGUAAGCUUUGUCUGGUGAGGCAGGUGUCAGACCCCUGCAGCAGAAAGCUCUAGUCCUUAUCCCUGGCGCUCUGCCUAGUUCUAUGUUACACCUAGAACAUGCUUCUUUCCUUCCGCCCACUGGAGUGGCUAACUUAGCCUGCCAAGAGUCACCUCUGCCUUGGGGCCACUCUUGCUAGAGCUCCUCCCAAAUCACACCAAGGCUCUCGUGCCACAGUGGGGAAUGCAGAUUCCAGUCCUUUCCAGUCCUUCCAGCUCCUUGCACCCUUGACUUGGCAAGCUUUAGUUUACUCCACUCUUAGAGGAGUUUUCCUUCCAAACCAGCAAGGCGCUCAAUAGCCAUGCUGUAUGGCAUUAGCCUGCUUAACCUAGAACCAUAUGCCAGGUGCUGUGGGCAUUCAGACUCUCUGCUCCAUUUGGGGGCUCUUUCUGCCCCUCACUAUAUACUUUUAGCUCUGUAGUUGAGCCCUCAUAUAUUCUCCCAGUUCUGCCCCCCCCCCCAUUCCCAGGUUUCUUCUGUCCCCCAAAUAAGACACUCAUAGUCAAAGGAUGCCACCACAUUCUGUUUAGUGUUGUUCCACACAGCCUCUGGCCUUCUCCAACAUGGGCUCCUUCCACCAACCAAGGCUAAGACAUUGAGGCCUAGGUAGGAGGAUUAGCAGGGGGCUUCCAAGCCCAUGCCCAUGUGUAUAUAAUCUAUAAUACUUAUAUAUAUUUAUAUAGAAUUCUCUCUGUAAUAUAUGUCAUAGACUCCUUCCUGGGCCUGGGGUGAGAGUUUCACAUUAAGAAAACAUGCUAAGACUGACCAUAAAAAUGGGUAUUUCUCAGACCUGGAAGACAGAGUGUGGGAUAUAUAUGGACAAGGGUAAGAACUUGUCCUUCACGAUUCCUUUCUUAACACAAGGAAAAGAAGGGAGGUAUGUGGGCUGGGGGAGGCAAUGGAAGGGAAGGAAUGGAAGGUUUGGAUUUUCAUUUAAUAAAGUCAAUUGAAAA